AUGGCUGAGGCUGUGGCGGCAUUUUCUCUCGCAGCGAACGUGCUUCAGUUUGUCGAAUUCGCAAAGAAAGUCUUCGAUAAAGGCUUGGAAAUCCACCGCUCUGGUGGCACCGUACCCAAUGACUUGAGAGAUCUUCGCAAUGCCGUAGCCAAUCUCCAAGCCACCUCGGGGCAGCUCCAGAUUUCCCAGGCAGAACGCAUAACGCUCUCAACACGGUAUCAACAAGUUGUCAGAGUGUCUGACUCCUGUGCCGAGAAAUGUUCCGAGAUACUGAAAUCCUUGGACAGCAUCGGGUUCAAAGACGAAAGAACCAGAUGGGGUGCCGUGGUCACAGCGUUCAAAGCGACAUGGAACCAGAAGAAGAUUGAUGACUUGAACAUCCAAGUCAAGGCGUUGAGCGAAAGUCUGAAUGUAGCUCUUCUUAGUUCUCUAAGAGACUAUGCAAUGAGGUCCGCAGAGCAACAGGAGCUCAUUCUACAGAAAUUGGGGAUUGUACAGGACAACACCGGAACCUUGAGCCGGCAAAUCUCUGGCAGCGAAAUUUCCUGGGAUGCACCCGGCGAUGCAGUGAUUGACUUUGUCACGCGAAAUCUCGAUGCUGAUGCUAUGGAGCGACAGCGCAGUGCAAAAUCAUUACGCAAAGGCAUGCUGUGGCUUAUCACAGGCCCAGAUAAAGAAGCCGAGAACAUCGCAAAAAGGAGUUGCCCUGUUUUCAACAUCCCUCGCGUUCGGAAAGAGGAGCUCGAAGCCGAGUUCUUGAACAGCUUCUACCAUGCAGGCAUGGACAGUCGUCGUUCUAGAAUCGUGAAUGCUCACGAGAAGACCUUGCGCUGGGUCUUUGAUGAUCAUUCUCCUCAAGAAGAUGGUCGCAAAUGGUCAGACCUAAGAGAGUGGCUCAAGUCCGAUGAGCCCCUCUACUGGGGAAGUCGACUUUGA